CUAAUUAGCAUAUGUAAAUAGCGCCACCAUUGUCUAUGAUGCCAUUGGUGCAUCAUUGGUGAAUCACAGCAAGCCAAGGAAGCGGCAAGUGUAAACAUGUGUUCUGAGCUGUCCAGAAAAUAUGUAUAAUUUUCUGUUUAAUGCUGGUUUAAGAAAGACUACUUAAGGUGAAAUGAUAAUGAUAUGGAGUAUUCAUGUACUGUAAUGACAAUCUGUGAUCGGAACUGAUUAUCUGUCUGAACUGUGUAAUUAUACCCGGCAAAGUUAAUCGAAUGAGAAACGUUUGAAUAAACAAAUUCAUAUCAAACUCAAGCCGUGGUAUAGUUGCGUUAUUGCUAACCUGUGGGUAGUCGUUCUGACCUUUCGCUACAGGAACACUUUGCUCAAAAAAUGACCGGAAAUGCCGUUUCUAACCUUUGACACGUUUCAAGGUCAUAGCCAUAUGGUGAUCAUAUCUCCGCAACAACUGGUGGUUCCCAUAGCAAUCUGUACACACUUAUGUACCAAGAGAAGAGACUAAGUAGCUAUGACAACUAUCACAAUACUGCAAUCUUUCGCUUUCCAGUUCAAUCUGAGGUUAAGGUUACAUACAUGAACUUUACACAGAUUAGGAAUGAUGUGAAGUGCAAGUUUGUUAACCUUACAGUAGCCGUACAUCAGGGCAGUUAUCCAGUUAUCAAUCCUGAUGGAUCAUCGUUUCCUGAUAACACUGUCCUACGUCCAACAGUACUCGGUGAACAGACCAUGAGGUCAAAUAUGACACUAAUAUUUGAUAACCCCAACCCUGGUUACUGGUUCCUAGGGGCAUACAUUUCAAACAACAAUGAUAGGAUCACACAGAAGGGGCUGGGAAAAGACUGUAAUUAUAGACUUUUAGUACAAAUGUUGAAUAUUCAUGAAGUGGAUAUCACAAUGCUCAUUGACUCGGUUCUUGUUGAAGAUUCUUUAGAUGACACACAUAACGUAACAAUGUUCAGAUAUUUUGUGCCACCGGGUGUUGGAAGCUUCAAGUUCAUCAUCAGUGGUUGUCAUGUAAAACACCUGGAUGGCAAAAUUAAUGAAGAGUGUCCCCUGAACAUAACAGCCCGUGCAAAUGCAUUGCCCAUGAACGACGGAUAUGUAACUUGUAAUGCAACUAGAGAUGAUAGUGGUUUCAACUGCAUGAUUGAAGAGCAACAUUCUGAGACAAAGGUGUGGUACUAUUUGCUAGUGCAGGUGACAGAGCCUCUAUUGCUCAAUAAAACUGUGCAGUUUAAUGUUACUGUACAGGCUACAGGAUGUGAAAAUAAUAAAUAUUACCUUUCAAAAGAGGAUGAAAAUGACUGGACAACUGGUACCAGCCAUGGAUAUAGUUCACCAGGGAGACAUGCAAUUAGAGAUAUUAUGGAAUUGUACCUUUACAAUGUUCAGUAUGAUGUAUCAGGCUCUGGUAUGGACACAGGUGAUAACCUCAUGCAAUGUCCAGAGAUUAUUGAGUUGGAGGCUCAUGAUAUGACAACCAUAUUCAGCGUUGCGUACUAUGGAUCAACUGGGAAUGCCACAAAUAUUUUUCAGAUCAGCCCGAGUAAACCAAUCAUCACUUCAUUGGACAUAAGAUCUUUUAUUGAUAUUGGUGGAACUCUAAAAAUUUUUGCAAGUGUGUUUGAGGUGAAUGAUACAGAAUCUGUAUCCAUAAUUUUGUGUGUACAAAGAGAUAGAAUACCAUCAAUGACUUCAGAUGGUAGAAUGGAAUGUCUCAUUGAGAAUGAGUUACAAUUAAAUGAUACGGAUGUUGGAGGCAAGGAGUGGUUUAUUCCAUUUCCUGAAGCAGGAUCCUGGUAUAUAGCUGCAUCAGCACAAUGUUCUAAGGAUAAUGUUGUGUAUGAAGAUUGUGGUACUGACAUACUUAUGGAAAUGAAAGUUCAUUUAACCCCCUGCAUCAAAGGCUGUGGCAAAUAUGGCAAUUGUUAUGUUAGCUAUGAUGCUGGUCUCUCUUAUGCUUACUGUGCCUGCAAGUAUGGUUACCGUGGCUGGGGCUGUACCGAUGACUCAGAGGCAUGGUCAAGAACUUACUUCUUGGUGCAGGUCUUGCUGUUGACCCUUAGCAACCUCUUUUUCAUUCCAUCAAUUAUCCUGGCUGUGUACAGAAGAUUCUUUCCAGAGGCCAUAGUCUAUUUUUGCACCAUGUUCUUCUCCACUUUUUACCACGCUUGUGAUUCCAGUGAUUACUGCAUCAUGAAGUACGACACACUCCAAUUCUGUGAUUUCUUUUCUUCAUUUAUGGCCAUCUUCUGUACGCUCCUCUGUAUGGCUAAACUGCCAGAGCACAUCAAGCAGACAUUUACAAUGCUAGCUGCUUUCGGAAUCGCCAUAGGAGUCGACUACAACAGGUUCAGUUUGUGGGCUGCCCUCGUUCCAACAUUGUCGGGAUUGGUAAUACUAACAGUAUCAUGGAGUUAUCAGUGUCGAAAAAAUAAGUCAUGUUACCCAUCUAAAAAGCUGUGGUUGAUCAGAAUUCUGCCGGGCCUUACUCUAGCUGGUGUUGGGUUCUUGUUGUUUGCUCUUCUGGAGAAAGAGGACAACUACCAGUAUGUUCAUAGCGUAUGGCAUGUGUGUAUGGCAGUUGGAAUUCUGUUUCUACUGCCGUCAAAAACCUCAAAAAACGAUGAGCACGAGUUCCACAUGGCUGAGCUGAUGGACAUCUCGACAAUUCAUGCCGAGCUGGUUGAAAAUGAAUCUCCAGAUUACUGAAUCAUUAAUAAAAAUCACAGAUGGAUAAGGUUAAAAUAGGAAUAUGUCCUGUUUCAACCAAACCAUCUGUCACUCAAUGUAUUUUGUUAGUAAAAUAGUAAAUGCUAUUGCAUAAUAUAUCCAUGGUUAAAGGUAACAAAUUUAUUAAUGUUAACAAUCUGGCCUUUUCAAUUACCAUACUUGAUAUUUUUUACUUUUCCUUAGGGUUUUGCAAUAAAAUAAGAGAGACUGACAUUUUGA